GGGUGACGUCGCUGAACACGCAGCCCUCCCCUAGCAGCAGAAGGGAGUAAAGAUGGCUGAAGCAGGAGGAGGAGGAGAGGACAAGGAGCUGGAGGAACUGCUGGACAGUGCACUGGAUGAUUUUGAGAAGACCAGCCAACCUGCUCCGACCUCGGACAAAACUACAAAGCCCUCGGGUCCUGAAAGGCCACCGGCAGAUGCUGCUAAGGAUCCCAUGUUGGCGUCUCAGGAGAAGUUCUUCCAGGAGCUGUUCAGUACCGAGUUGGCGGCCCAGGCCACGGAGGAGUUUGAGAAGGCCAUGAAGGAACUGGCCGAGGAGGAACCCCAUCUGGUGGAGCAGUUCCAAAAGCUGUCCGAGGUUGCUGGAAAAGUGGGAAGUGAUGAAACCUCCCAGCAAGAGUUUACUUCCUGCCUGAAGGAGACGCUGACCGGAUUGGCCAAGAAUGCCAAUGACUUGCAGAACCCCCCCAACCUAUCGGAGGAGGAGUUGGCUCGGGCGAUGGAGGGUCUCGCAGUGGACGACGCAGACGGAGAAGGAAAUAUCUUGCCGUUCAUGCAGAAUAUCAUGCAGAGCCUUCUGUCCAAAGAAGUCUUGUAUCCGUCCCUCAAAGAGAUCACAGACAAGUACCCAGAAUGGCUGCAGAUGCACCAGGAAUCUCUGCCCCCCGAGGAGUACCAGAAAUACCAGGAGCAGCACAACCUCAUGAGCAGGAUCUGCCAGAAAUUUGAGUCGGAGGAGCCCGGCGAGGAGACGGCCAGGUUCGAGGCGGUCAUGGACCUCAUGCAGCAGCUUCAAGAAUUGGGACACCCGCCCAAAGAACUGGCUGGAGAUUCUCCCCCCGGCCUGAAUUUCGAUCUUGACGGAAUGAACCUGAAUUCCAACAGCGCCAGUGGAGAGCAAUGCUCGAUCAUGUGACCUCGGUCCCGCCGGACAGACGCAGGGGGGGCGACCUCCCGUUAUUUUUUGUUUUCAUUAGCCGGAGCGCUGUCUUUAUCGCCAUGGCGGAUUCCUGGCCAGAAAAAGCGUGGAAGACCACUAGAGAACUAGGUUUAUCGAUUUGAUCCUUGUUAACACCUGUGGGAAGCCCGAUCAACCAAUCAGAGACUGCCUUAUUAACUGUACUAACAAAA